AUGGCUAAAAUUACCCGAAGGGGUAGAAAUCCUGGGGCAGUGGACAGCUGGCUGGACAAUUUGGGAUUGUAUCGGAAAAAUGUGGCAUACGAUGAAACUUGCCUUUUUAGGGCAGUUAGUGAACAACUUUUUGAUUGUCAAGUUUACCACGAAAGAGUUCGUAAGGAAUGUAUAGUUUAUGCCCGAAAAAAUUUUGAAGAAUUCUCCUACCUUGCAGACUCAUUUGCAGCCUGGCAGGAACAUAUAAAUUUGUUAGAAAAACACAUGGUGGUGUGUGGAAAUAUAGAAAUCCAUAUUAUCAGCAGGAAGUAUAGUCGCGAUGUCAUAAUUUUUGACGCAGCUCGUCAAGAAAUUUUUCAAGUGACCCACAACGAUUUUCCAGCGUCACUGAGACUAUGCUUAAUGGAUGAAGACCAUUACGAUGUAGUCUACAACAGAGAACACAUCAUGACGGCAGGUUUUUGCCAAUCUGUCAUUUACAAAAUACUGUAUGAAAAAGUGUUCCAUAUACCAAAUGUGGACGAAAUUGUGAAGGCCAUGUUGUACGAUAAAAAUAAUAUUGUUACUCAUGCCGAAUUAAUAGCCGAGAAGAAGAUGUCCGAGGUGAAUAAUAAUGAAACAGGUAUGGCACCUCCAGAAGACGCAGGAGAGGGCCAGUUAACUUUGACAAAUAAUAACAUAGCCCCCUUCCCCUUCAAAGUUGCUAAAGCCUUAGACCCCACAAUAUAUAGAAAUAUAGAGUACGAUUCCUGGGGAGAAGUCAGAAGAGAACUACGCCUAGGGGAAUGGUACUAUGGCGAUGACAAGCUAAUCCUAGGUACAAGGUGUAUUUUAAAUGAUGACAUUACGAACGAACCCCAAGAUUGCUACAUACAAGAAAUCAUCAAGGACAGCAACGUGUGCGUUGUGUACCUCACCAAACUAGCAGAGAAGCGGACUGUGAAUUACACUGACUUGUCUCCAGAAAGUGACGCUAAACCAUGGCCUUUACCCUACAGAUUUUCCAAAAAUUUAGUGAUAGCUGGGUCACCGCAAGUGCAACCUCUUGAAAAGACGCCGAGAGGUACUAAGAAACGUAACAAGGAAAAGAGACGGACCAAAAGCUGUAGCGAAACCGGCACUACAGUCCCUUCGGAAACUGUGGAAAAUGUUAGCGCUUAUGUUGGGGUUCCUUUGCAAAUGCACAAUCCAAGCGAGUCUGGUUACCGCGAAAACGAGGCGUCAACAGAGACUCAAACGGAACCACCGCUAGCUGAACAAAUGGUCACACCAAACAUUCUGAAUUCCUCUACCAGGUAUCAAUGGGGUGAUCAGACCCAUUGGCACCCGUUAUUACCACCAACGCCGGAUCCUAUGACUUGGCCACAAACGCCGACCACUCCUCAAAGUAUGUUUAACUUUAAUAUGAAACCGAUGGUAGCUUCUGCUCCAGUAACACCAGACGUGGUCCCGUAUCAUGAUUCCAAUUUUCCAUUUUACUACAACUACCAGGUGGACCCGUUUUCGCCUUACGGCUACUGGCACCAACCGCCCAUAGAAUUACAACCCCCGCAGCUAAAAACAGAAGUUGAAAAGCCUUGUGAAGAGCAAAGUAGUAAACCUCAAACUACGAAAAAUAAAAAAGACCUCAACCCCUUCAACGAGAACGAAAACAUCUACGAACAACCGACGAUUAGCUCACCAGCGAGACCCACCCUGUGCACCAAUUUAACACCGCAGAGCACACCCGUUGAAAUGUAUUCACCCAUGAUGCCGUUGCCACCGGGUACUCCCGUUAUUUACGCCCCGGCGCCACCGGAAAUGACGGAAAUGGUCGUGUCGAGUCCUCCGAUUAUAUACAGUCCUCCCUUGGAUAUGCAGUAUCUUUCGCCUCAGUUUGUUUAUCCUCCGACGCCGCCGGCCGCUUGGUAUCCCGCAGGGGUCAAUGCUCACGGGUUUAUAUUUCCGAGACCGCAGUAA